AUGUCCCAUCUUCGUGACCUAGCGGAAUACGUUGCGAAAGCGAAAAGCGAAACAGCGACGACCCAGUCACCUUAUGAGAAGAACAAACAACAGAUGGACACUAAGAAUAUCACAGUGGAUUCCUCGCUUCGCGAAUCCACUACGAUAUUCUUAGUGUCCACUGUCGUUCCUCGUGGACGCAGCCACCGACGACAAACAGGAAGAUCGUGGAUGUCUGAAACACUAGGGACAGGCGUAAAUGAAACUUGUGCUGGGCCCGCACACCAGGAGAAGAUGAUCCAUCUGGAUAUCUAUCUAUGUAUGCAAUAG